AUUUUUAAGUGUCCGCGCGACUGAGACCGCGGGAGGAAAGCAGGGUCUGUUGGAAAAUAUGAACAAAUUUGUGCUCUUAAAAAUUAUUGAUUUUUCAUAGUUAAAAAACAUCAGACGCCGCUAAUUGCAUACGUGAUGUGGUUCCGCGCGGUCGCUCACUCCUGUUUCCAAAAUAAACCGACAUUCUUGCAAGUUCCAGUAUUCUAAAAAUAUAUAGUCUAGUCCUAAAGUUUCUACUUGAAUUUAAAGUAUUCUCUGUACUUAACUUACUUUUAGUAAAUAUCUGUGAUAAACAAACCUUUUUGGUGGACCUUAUUAAACAAAGCGUGCAAUUUUUUUUUACAAAUGGACUGAUUUAAUAUUGGCCAAAGAGUACUUAGUUAUGUAUAUUAAUAGUUAGAUUAUAUUAUUGUAUAAAAGUUAGUGUUCGACGAGAAUAUGGCGUUACCUCCACAACAGUUCUGUGUCAGGUGGAACUCCUACCACACAAAUUUACAGGCAGUAUUCCCCCGCUUGCUCUUAACUGAGCAGUUUGCUGAUGUCACUCUUGCUUGUGAGUCAAGGCAGCUAAGAUGCCACAAGUUAGUGCUCUCAGCAUGUUCUGCGUACCUGGAACGGUUGCUACUACAAAAUCCAUGCAAACAUCCUAUUGUCCUCAUGAGGGAUAUGCGGUUCAGCGAGAUGCAAGCUCUCGUGGACUUCAUGUAUAAAGGCGAAGUGAAUGUCACACAGGACGAGUUGCCCAGUCUACUGAAGUCUGCCGAGGCAUUGCAAAUACGAGGUCUGUGCUCGGGGGAGGCGGGCGCGGGGGAGGGUCGCUCGGAGUCACGUGACUACACGCUGGCCAGCGACGCGCUGCUCGCGCACGCGCAGCGAGACGCUCCGACCGCCCAACAACACCAACAACAGAAACCAACGAACACAACAAACGGCCCGAAGAAAAGGAAAUCCGAGGAGGGAGAGAAGAAUCCAGAAGUGAAAGAGGAGACGGUCGAAGAGGAUGGACUUUAUUACGGAGAACUGGACAACGAUCACUUGGAAUAUAACGAGGACGACGAAUCUGGCAAACCCGGCAGCAGCUUGGGGCAGACAUCAGAAUUCGCAAUCGCCAACGUCCAAUGUCAAUACGAAUGCAGUGACACGGAGCCUGAAGACAGAACAGCUCGCGCGACUGGUGACCACACUUACGACACGCGAGACGAACCACCUGCCUUCAUCAUACAUCAGAUACCAGCGACGUCAAGCUCCCAGGGUCCCUUCGUGGAAGUUCGACCAGGUUUAAUGACCCUCGCGCCAGGCUGCGUCCCCGCAGUCAAUGUUAUACAUAUUGGUGAAAGAUCGCAGAUAACAAACAACACGGUUGUCAACAACAAUGCGAGCAACACUAGUGUGCCUUCCACUUUGGGCACUCCGAACGUAAGCCAGGACUACUCCAGUAUGAACAAGAGGAUACGACGCAGCGAAGUGGUGCUCCGGCAGGCGGCGGACUGCGUGUCUCGGGGCUCCACGUUCCAAACUGUAUCGGAACAGUUUAAUAUACCCAUAUCUACAAUACGCUUCUUCAUGGCGCGUAAAGGCAUCCUACCGCGCAGGCGCCGUGGACGCAGUACUCAUAUGGUUCGAGCUUGUAGUCCCGAGGAGCCUCCUUUUCACAUGCAGCACUUCAAACUACCGGAUAUGUUAGCUUUGAGAGCUGAUGAUGAACCUCCUAACACUUAGAAACAACAAAAGAAGUAUAUUAUCUUUGGCUGUAUAUUCGCUUGUCUUUACGUAGAUACAAAUAACUUGUCUAUGGUCAGUGAUGUUCAUCUCAUAGAGCAUUUCACUGAAUGAAAUGAUAAUUACUAUUUAUGUAAAAUAUUUGUUACUAUUUUUGAUCUGUCUUUUGUUUAUACUUGUCUAUGGUUUGUGAAUAUACUAAUGGCCGGUUAUUGAAAUAUCCUGCGACCAUAGUAACAGUUGGAUAUAUACAAUUGGAUAUAUCUAUAAUAGUUUCCGGCAAAAUAAAAAAUAAUCUUUCCAAAAAAAAAUCUUAUUAAAUUAAAAUUUCGUUUUGACAGAAAAAUGCGCGGCAAAUGUAAGGAGCGUAGAUAAGUAACAAAAUAACGACUUUAUUUGACAUUGACAGUAUAAAAAAAGAGCAAUUAUUUUUUUAUUUUAUUUAAUUGUAUACAGAUAUUGUGUUGUCUAUCAUAACUUACAUUAGAGAUGAGAAACUGAGCUUUUGACAAUUUCACGUCUCAAUUCCUCAACCGAUCGUCAUACACUUUUACAUACAAGUUGUCAGGGGCAUAGAAAAGGUUACCUGGGUUACUUAGGUUAAUACCUGCCCCAUCCUCACAUUCAGGCACGCGUGUUUAAAAUAUAAUAGGAUAUCUUUAAUUAGAUUUUCAAUAACCGGCUGAAUAAUUAAAAGUUUAAUUACAAAACCGAAAGAAAAUGGUCUCUACGACAAUAAUUGAAGUAUUAUUUGAUUCUAAUACUAUAUACUGUAAUUUAUCUUAUAAGUAAAAUGUUAAGACGCAGCCACACUUGAUAAAAAUGCGUCAGAUAAGUUACACUAAAACGUUAAUUUAGGUCACAAGCCAAAACUUCAAAAAAUUAUUCGUCGUAUUAAAUCUAAACACAUUUAUAAACAAUAUUUAGUACAAAUAUAAUGAAACGUAUUUAUGUAUAGUUUCUUUAGUUGAUAAGCGACAUUUAAAAUGUACAAUUAAUCGUGACAAUGACGUUUGAAUAGUGCGUAGAUAUAAUCUUGAUACUCAGUAUACUUUUGUCAUAAUCCUCGCGCUAUUAGAAUGGGAUGGAUUAUAGAAAAUCGAACAUGACAGUUUUUGAACGACUCCAAAUAAAAAACCAGAACGGAAAUGGUUUUAGUAGAUUUUAUACUUCGUCGACGUUCAAAACGACAUUUCGCGAAUACAUAACCAGUAUUAUAGAUCAUUCAAGCUCUCGACCAAUGAUAUAGCGUCAAUUUGAUGUCAAAUGCUAUUUACUUUGCUUUUGUCCUUUUGUGGAAUAGACUACAUGUGGAUAUGCAUGUUAAGAUAUUUGUAUAUAUGUGUGUUCUGCCGGAACUGUUUCUCUUGAUUUCAUUUCUCUCUAAUCAAUCUUUAUUUAAUCAUUAAAAUAAUCUCACAUAUAUACAUUUCUAAAACAUAUCAACAUCCACUAUCCACGCUGAAAACAAAUUCUCGCGAAAACUCGUGAAACGAGUGCUGACAAUACAAUUUGGUAUUGUCAGUCGCAUUCCAUUCUCAUCACGCUUGGAUUAUACUACAAUAGGCUAUUUGACUGGUUUUUAAAAUCCAUU